AUGCUGAAGCCUACCAAACGGUUUUUAGAGAAAGUAAAGUCUUGUGUUUAUCAAUUUGUCUGGAAGAAGAAGCGGCCAUUACUACGCAAAGAACUCAUAUUCCUACCCAAGUCCAGAGGUGGUCUUGCUGUUCUCAACCCUUCUCUUCAACAACUGAUUCUCCAAAAACGCUGGCUCAAUUACCUCGUUAAACCACAGAAGUAUCCGUCCUUCCUGCUGCCCUUCAUGCUCUAUCACGUAUCACUGCUACCGGCUUCAUCAGAGUUUCCUUACUUGGCCUUCGUCGAUGCUGAAUACCGCAAGCCCUACCUGAUACACAAGGAUCUUUCUAUUUGGCAUUCUAUCUUCGCCAUGUAUGACUAUUUUGAUUUCAGUGGACUUCAACAAGUGGAUUUCCUUCCGGUCCAGACCAUCCUGCAAUUGCCUUUGCACAAGCUUCUCAUAGGCCUCAGCGAUGACCACUGGCUCCGGCGUCAUCCCAAGUUUCCAGCAAGCAAGUUCUUGAUCUUUGAUAGCCAACAACAAAGGCUGCGGCUUCGUGUUGCUUCUGAAUAUUCACGCUACUCGCUUCUUUGUGCCUCGCUCUAUCAAGAAAUUCUCAUGCUCAAAACCGUCAAACUGGUUCCUGGUGUGUGGCCUGACAUUCUGCAGCCUCCUUCCACCUCCACCUUAGACUGGACGAGCUUUGAUUUCUUCGGCAAAUUGGGCACCAAAGACCUAUGGACUCAAUACCAUCCCGUAACCUUUCGUCAGCAGCAACAACAGUUGGUUCCGUCGGACCAUCGUUUCAACAAUUCAAUGGUCAAGACAUUAUGGUCAGCACCUGCUCAUCCAGCGGCAAGAACGGUCCUCUAUCGGGCACUGUCGAAAUGCAUCCCUCAUAAAUCAUACCUGUACACAAUUGGCACUGUGGAAAACUCUAUCUGUCCCUUUUGUGCCCUAGGCAUCGAUACGUUGCGACAUUUCCUCGUUGACUGUUCCGUCAAGUGGCACCUAUGGCAAUCUGUGAUCUCACAAUACUACGCCAAAUAUCCUUUGACUUCCGAGAUCAUAUAUGGCAUAGUGCGGUAUCUACAUCUUCCUCGCUUUAUAAAAGAUCGAUCCAAGUAUAUCGCCGUCAUAUCUACUACCUUAUGGCAAAUGUGGAAUCUGUAUUGGCUUCACGGUUCACAGAACCCUGUACCACUUUCCACCGCCUCCAUAGAACACUUUUCCUCCAGAACAGUCUGUCUAAUUGAUAGACAGCUACCUACUACAAUAUAA